CGGCCUGCUGCGUAGGAGCCAAACAGCGCUGGAACCGGGGGAGCUCGGAGGAGUUUCUUACAUAAACCGAACCUGAAUAUAUAAAGCACGGAAGAUGCUCUCGGUCACGCUGGACAGCAGCGUCUCUCCGAAGAAGCGGACGUUAUCUCGGGGACUCAGCGAGGAUGAGUCGCUGCGCAGCAUCAUAAAGGAGACUGAGAUCUCCUCCAGACGGCUGACACGCAGCGACAGCCGAGCAGGCACCCUGAAGAGGAGGACGGACAGCCAGUCUGACCAGGACCUUUUCAUGGGACUUCCAGAAAUGCUGGAGCUGCAGGCCAGCUACGACGAGGUGGUGCAGGAGCUGCGUGGGCUGGAGGUCGAGCGAGAGGCUCUGUUGUUCCAGGUGGACGUCCUGCAGGACACCCUGGAGGGCGUCGAGGAGCUGCUGGCCGAGGCCCAGAGGGAGGCCGGACAGGCCACUCUGGAACUCGAGCAAGAGAGAGCAGCCAAGAGGAGACUGGAGAGCAUGGUUCAGUCUCUGAUGCAAGAGGUGGAGAGAUUGAAAGAGGAAAGGAACAGCAAACCGCCUGCUUCAGUGAAUAUGACGGACGAAGGAUCAAGACAGGAGCUCCAGACAGAAACUGACGGAAAGGGAUCGCUGAAUGUUGGACCGUCGGCCGAGGAGUCGGGGGAAGCGGGAAAUCUCCUGACCAAGCUGCGGAAGAUGGCCAGUAAGCCCCCGGGCCACGUGCCCUCUCUGGCCCUGGACAGCCUGGCCUCUGAAGACGGGGUCAUCCAGAGGCCGUGUGAAAACGGGAUCGAGGGCGGACUGGAUCCCUCCGCGGACACCAACGACACGGACAGCAUAAGUGCCUAUGAAGACGCGUCUGCGGAGACUCCGGAGCAGGACAAGGUCUUUCCAGGUGACGGAGACGACCUGGAGCUGCCGGACGACGCGGGGAAUAAAGACAACGGCCCGACUAACGGCCACAAGGCGGACGGCGGCGAGAGCCUCGACGGCAAAAUCCCAGACGGCAAAAUCCCAGACGCCUGCGUUAUGUCUUAAUUCGAUGUGCUUUUUCUACUGCUGGGCUAAAGGAGAUACCCACUGGCAAAUGGAAGAGAAAAUCAACGAUUGCAGUGUAGACCCACAGCUCUCUCUGAACUAAUAUUUAUGGCAACAGAAAACUUAAAGGUCAACGGUUAUAAUCACUUAUUUCACUGAAAGGAAGAAAUAAUUAGACAAGCACUUAAUCCCUUCAUUUUUCAAUUGAAAUUGUUGAGCAGUGUCUGCCUAAAGCGUUUCAAAUGAGAGGAUUUUCUGUUUUUCUCUGCCACAGUUUACAAUCAGUGAUGUUAAAUCCUUUAAAAGACCAAAAUCUCACUUAAUGGAGGAAUUUAUGAAUUAAUAUCCCAACAUUUUAUAAAUGAUAGAAGGAUUGACGGCAUGAUUUGAUCUAAACUAAUGUAGUCACAGCCCGAGCUUUAACACACUAUACUAGAAUAACUUUCCUUUUUAAAAUAAUAGAGGAACUCAGGAUCGAGGUGGUUUAUUUUAACAGUUGUAACUUCUGCCAGGACCACUUCAUAUUUCUGCCAAUCAUUUCUCAUCAAUCUGUCUUAAUUUUUUUUUUUUUUUUUUUAAAUGCAUUGACCUACAUGGGAAAACCCUCCGUGGAGUCUGGACUGUUUACCUCAUCCUCACCAACACAAGCAGCUGCCAGAGACACAAAUCAGGAUCUGUCUGCAUACAAAACACAGUGAGCUCUCCGUAUUUGGCCAGAGACUGUUACCUUUUUUCCUUUUACAUUAGAAACUCUUCAGUUUUCGUAUGAGAUGUUGUGAUUUCAGGCUCAUUUUACUGAACAAUCCCACCUUUACCUCUGCGGUGGAAGUCACUAACGCAGGUUUCCAUCACAUUUGACACUGAUCCGAGACAGGCAUUGAUUAAAGGGAUAAUAUAGAUAAGGGAAAUAUCAAAUAUUCACUGCCUCAACCUUCAAAAAGCAUUAAUUAUUUUUCUUUUCUUAAGAUUUAAUUUGUUACAUUUCCCCUGUUUUGUUUAUAUUCGGCUGAUUUUGCACUUCUCUCAGAAUCUUGUCAUGCGGCAUGAAUUAGUCAGAUAACGUUAAAAACGACAUUCCCUUUACAACCAAACGAAAUGAGUGGACCUGCUGCAGGCCGGACUCCGUCUGCCGUCAGUAAAGCUGCAUGUUUGCACAUUUUUGCAGUCGAUCUUGCUGAAGUUCGUCUCUUUGGAUGUCUUGGAUUGCUGUAAACACUUUUCAUAUGUGCUCACCUUUUUAAGGUUUCUUUUUUAUAAGACGUUUUUCAGGGAAAGAAGCAGCGGUAGAUUCUCUCACCUCGCCUCGGAUAUAGUUUGCAUGAAGCACCUUCGAAUGUAAACUGAUUUCCAGAUGCACACGAGUUGAUGACAUUUAUGAGUACUUUUGCACGCAGUACUUUUCAUACGUAUACUGAAACAACUUUGUUCAUUGUCUGCAGAAAACUCCUUCAAGGGUUUUUUUUCUAGUUUGAAUUACAUUCCUGGUUCCUCGUGUGAGAGGUGGGAGGUUUUUUUUCUAUCACUUGAGAAUUGUUCCGUUAAUAGAGAAAAUCAGAACUGUAAUAAUAUGUGGAGACUUGAACAGAUACAUUUGCUACUUUUGUGUCAUUUUGUAGGUUUGAUUCAGCACAUCACUGUUUGUAUACCAACUUGUUUGCCUUUGUAACUUUUUCACUCAGACAUUCUGCUGAUUCAGAUGCUCAUCCUUUUCUUUCUUUCUUUUUUUUGUACAUUUCCCAGAUUCAGCAGUUGUACGAGUCUGUUUUGAUGUUACGUGUCUUAAGUCACAGGGGCCUGCGGCGAUCGCAGCUCCUCUGUAGGAUUCAGUUCUUCAUGUGAGUCGAAUCGUAAACAUCCAGUGUCUGAUCGAUCAUCAAUACUUCUUUAAUUUAUCCUGGUCAUUGUUUUCAUGUCGAGAGUUUAGUUAAACAGAGCAGACGUUGGAAUUCCGUUUCUUUUUCAUACCACAAAGCAAAAAAUCUUUCAAUGUCUUUUGUGCAUCUAUUUUCAAUUUUUUGUCAUGAGCUUUGAAUACGAUGUUAUGAUAAAGUAAAUUAAAUGUGUUUCUAUCUAAAUAAAAUGAGUGAAUAAA